AUGAGCUCUCGCGGAAUAACCCCCGGAGGUCGACCUCAGACACAUUUCCUCCAGCGAGCUUCCCAGUUGUCCAGCAGAAGUUCCUCCUCGUCCUUACGCUCAGUGACAGUCGCAGUCCCUGCGGCCACGAGUGCUUCCCGGAGGACCAGGCAAUCAGGUCCGAUUCUUUGCCGCUUUCAACGCUUCACACCCGCGUCGUCUCGCUCGGACGCAACGGGAAGUGAACGAGCGAGUCAUGGCAACGGACGGUUGGAAUCUCUGCAGGAAUCUUUGACGUCUGGCCAGAGAGCUGCAUCCAAGGCGGCAGCAGCACUGCUAGCAGCCCUCAUCACUCUCACGCCGACAGCAGCAGCUUGCUUCGCACCAUGGUCAGCCGAAGCAGCUUCAACGAAGUUCCCAUGCGAGGACGUGGAGCAGUACUAUGCAGGGACGCAGGGGCUGAAGGGAGAGGCUCUUAAGGCGAAGCUGCAUGACAUUAUAAAGGGUCACAAAGUGUACACCUACACCGAGGCAUGGGAUGCUCUGAAGAUUCUCGAUGCAGCGGACCAAUCAGAUCCUGCUAAAUCCCGUGACGUUGUGGAGAUCUACACGCGCAGAGCAGUGCCCAAGGACACACAGGCCACGCCUGAAGGCUGGAACAGGGAGCAUCUGUGGCCGCGCUCCUAUGGCCUCACUCAGGGCCGCCCUGAGUUCUCAGACCUUCACAACCUGAGACCUGCUGAUGUCAAUGUCAACUCCGCCCGAGGCAACAAGUGGUACGGCGAAUGCACGUCCACCGAUGGUGCCUGUAUGGUGCCGGCCAACAGGGAGGCAGCAGCGGAUACCGCCACCAACAAGGACGUCUGGACUCCCCCCACUGAAGUACGGGGAGACAUAGCACGUGCAUUGCUCUACAUGGCUGUGAGAUACGAUGGCUCCGUGCCAGGCGAGCUCGACCUCGAGCUCUCAGACAACCCCAAAAUUGCCGAGGGUCAGAUGGGGCUGCUCUCACCACUCCUCAAGUGGCAUGCCAUCGACCCGCCCUCAUCCCUUGAGACCACGCGCAACGCCCGCGUGUGCUCCCUCUACCAGCACAACCGCAACCCCUUUGUCGACCACCCUGAGUUCGUCUCCCUCAUCUGGACCGCCGGGCCAGCCUCGGCACCAGCUGUAGGCUCGGGGGCAGACCUGGGCGCAGGCACGGGGAGCGGGUUUAGCUUGCCAGGAGCGGCGCCGCCAGUGGGAGCUCCGAUGGGGGGAGGCUUGGGAGCAGCAGCAGGGGGGGCGAGCGGGGUGGCUGCUCCACGCGUGCCUGGUUUGCAGGCAAAGGCAUGGUUCAAUGAGAUUCACUACAGCAAUGAAGGCCCGGAUAAGAACGAGUUCAUCGAGGUGGUAGUGAGUCCAGGCGUGGACCCCUCCACCCUCACCAUCUACCUCUACAACGGAGCCAAUGGGAAGACCUACGGCAAGCUUCCUCUCUCCAAAUUCAACCUCCCUCCCACCAACGUGAACGGCUUCGUGGUGUAUGGCAACACGUACGCUCAGGGAGGCCUGCAGAACGGGCCGUCAGAUGGCAUGGCACUUGUUUCGCAGCCGGCUAAUGGCGAUGCCACUGUGAUUCAAUUCCUGUCGUAUGAUGGCGAGCUGGUUGCUGUGGAUGGGCCAGCCAAGGGCUUUAAGUCGACGGAUAUUGGAGUGAAGGAGACGGAUAACUCGCCUGCUGAGAGUGCUCUUGGGCUGAUUGGGGUGGGGAAGAAGUACGAGGACUUCAAGUGGUCCAAGUUCAACAAGAAUGCGUCACCUGGCCGCCAGACGUACGAGCGUGCUUCUAUCGAGCGGUGGUUCGCGGAGGGUAAGCGGACGUGCCCCAAGUCCGGCGUGCGGAUCGACCAUACAAACUUCUGCCCGAACUUUGCCUUAAAAAGCAUGAUCUCUGAUUGGAUGGCACAAGGUUCGGGCAGCCACUCUUCAGCUGCCCGACCCAGCACUGCCCCAGCGAAAAAAACCGUGGUAAAAAGCUCCUCGAAAACCAGCCAGUUGCGGCCGAAAACACCACCUCCUCCUUCGCUAUUGGCGCAGUCUCAGUCGGAGCGCGGUCCAGACGAUCAGGAGUUCGAACGUUCUUCCGAUGGGGUAGUGCGGAAGAAAAAAGUGGUUAAGAAGAAGAGUGCGGAUGGCGGGGAGGAGAGCAAGGGGGAGAGGGGGCGCAAGGCUUCAGGCUCGGGAAGUGGUUCGGACGCCAAGGCUCGGGCGAGGUCCGUCAGCCCGCUGCCGUCGAACCUGUCGAAGAAAGUGGCGGCGAUGGGCGAUGGUCCAGGAGGGGACGGACCGACGGAUAUUAAAGCCGUAUGGGAUUCUAUAGCGUCGCAGAGCAGCAAGCCUAAGAAGGCCGGAGGUUUGCAGCGGCAUUUAUCGUACUUUCCUCGCGGUGAAGAUGGGUUCGGAUCUCCCGCCGAUGACGACGAUGACGUAGGGGGGAAGCUUUCCGCCGGAAUGUCCGCGCUUAAGUUAGGCCGCGCCGGCGGCGGCGGCGGCGGGGGCGGCGGUCCGGGGAAGGUAUCAGAUCUGAUGAAGGGGAGGAGUAUGAAGAUGACUAGGAAGCAGCGGGAUAAGCUACUAUCGGAGAUAGUAUCGGAUGGGGUUAGAGGCGGCCCGGGGCUAAGGAUGCCUGCCGAUGCGCCGUCGUCGGGCGACGCGGACGAGGCGGCGCCGCCUUCGCUGCGCAGCGGCGCGAAGAUGCGGUCCCAGACAGAUACGGGCAGGAAGGUGAAAAAAUCUGAAAGAGACGCGGAUAGGGCGGGAGGCGGGGGAGGGGGGAGGGGGGACGAGGAGUACGGCGGGCACGGGGAGCACCUGGCGCCGGCUGGGAGAACUUUGGCGGGGGGAGGCGGAGGAGGCGCGCUGCCCCAGCGCCCGGGGUCGGUGGGGCACGGGCGGGUUCCCAGCAUUAGCAGCAACAGCAGUGGCAGCAGCACGGGGGGUCGACGCCACUUCGGUAUGGACUCUACUGAUGGCAGCAGUAUGGGCGGCGCGAGCAGCGCAAGCGGCGGCAGGCGGCAGUUCGCCGCGAAUCCCGGCGACGAGCGGCCCAGAACCUCGGGCGCCGCGUUCGGCGGGGACUACGGGCAGGGGGGCGGGGGCGGGGGGGAGCCGUGGAGGGGCGCGGGGUCGGGGAUGGCACCCAGCGGAAGCACCGCGGGCAGGCCUAAGGGGCUCCGGAAAGGCGUGCUUAAAAACGCUGCUGGCGCUGCCGCUGCCACUGGCGGAGGCGGCGGCGGCGGGGGCGGAUAUGGCGGGGGGCAGGGGCAGGGUUUGGAGCGGCUGACGUCAUCCAUCCCGCAGUGGCAGGCGGAUAUCGAGGCCAUGUCGGCCGGCAGAACGUUCCGAAAGUCGCCGACCAACCCGUCGCCCCACUUGCACGACGUGGACGUGGAAAGUACAUCAUCGGCCGGCAGGGCUUUCAGAAAAUCAACCACCAACCCCGCAAUGCAAGAUGUAGACAUGGGGUAUGGUCACGCCACUCCCCCCAUGACCCCUCCCCCUCAGUUCCCCCCCCAGCCGCCCCAGGGUCCUUCUGCUACUGGCGGCGGCGGCGCUCCAGGCGUGCCGCGGCUGCAGAGAAACAGCAGCGCGCGGAGCACGUGCAGCAUGAUGAGCAUGCCGGGCGGCAGCAAUGAUGACCCGGGCGGCGCGCCGGUUCGGCGGGACAUGGGCCCGAUGGUGGAGGCGCUGAAUUUCGGGUCAGGUGUGGACCGGCGGGCAGCCGUGCGAGACAUCCGAACUGCCAUCAAGGGCUGCCCGGAAAACAAAGCGCAGCUGGUGCAGCUGGGGGGAAUAGAACCUCUAGUGGAAGUAAUUGAAUCAGACGACCUAGAAGCAGCCGAGCAUGCUGUUGCUGCUCUCAUGAACCUAUCUCUCCACUGGAACGCAUCGGGGGAGAUUGUGCGAGCAGGCGGGAUACCAGCGCUGGUUGGGAUGCUCAACCACGGCACGUCUGCCUCACAAGGCAACGCUGCCGCCACCCUGUUUGCUCUCUCCAAGGAGGACGAUCACAAACUCAUGGUUCGAGCUUCUGGUGCCAUCCCUGCGCUCAUCUCGCUCCUCAAAACCGGCACGGUGCGGGCAAAGAAAGACGCGGCACUUGCUCUCUUCACUCUCUCUACCCAGGUGCGCUGCGCCCGGGAUAUCCUCAAGGCCGGAGCUGUCGAGGUCCUGCUAGGCAUGUGUGGCUCGGGGGACUCCGCCGACCCUCCCCCGCCAGGCUUGGAAGAGAAAGCCACGGCAGUCCUCUCGAACCUCGCCCGGUUCCCGGAAGGGUGCCAAUCAGUGGUGGAGUCCGAUGGACUCACCAUGUUUGUGGAUCUGCUCGAUGAGGGGUCGUCGGCGCGAGUGAAGGAGGACGCGGCGUCGGUGCUGCUGCAGCUGGCGGCCAUGGGGUUUGUGACGUACGGGGAUCUGCUCGCGGAGGGCGUGCUGCCGUCGCUGGUGCGCGUGUCGCAGACGAGCGCCGAGAACUCGGAGGCCAAGACGCUGCUGCAGAUCCUGCGGCAGCACUGCGCGGAGAACAAGCGGUGA